AGACUGUUGCAUUCUGAACGCCAGAAGUAGACAGACCGAGAGCAACAUGGCGGCGCUCAAGGUUGUGUGGUCAGGGCUUGGGCUGCUGCAGUCAUCUCUAAAUCUACCCAAACAGGCUAUCAGAUGUUCCUGGGGUGCGGUGGAGCAGGUCAGGGGCUACUAUGUCGACUGGAGGAUGCUACGAGAUGUGAAGAGGAGACAAAUGGCCUUUGAUUAUGCCGACACAAGACUUCGCAUCAACGCACUGCGAAAGAACACACUUCUACCAAAAGAACUUCAGGAAGUUGCUGAUAAAGAAAUUGCGGCUUUACCUCGGGACAGCUGCCCGGUCCGGAUCCGUAACAGGUGUGUGCUGACGUCACGGCCUCGUGGAGUGAAGCGGCGGUGGCGUGUCAGUCGCAUCGUGUUUCGCGACCUGGCAGACCACAACCAGAUGUCCGGCAUCCAGAGAGCCAUGUGGUAGACACAGGCUGUAGGCUCAUCUUGUUAAAGGUGAAGAUUAUGCACAUCCCAGGAAAAGGUGCAGGACAAAGGCUGACGGUAGUUUCGAAGUGAGAGGUCCACACACUUAAAAUAAUUUUUGUUUUCUUUUAUUAUUUCAUGAAAUGAAAUGAAAUAAUAAAAUAUAAUAAUAAAAGAAAACAAAAAGGAUUUUAAGUGUGCAGACCUCUCACUUCGAAACGGUAGGCUCAUCUUGGCCCACCAAAGGCACUGUGACCUGUCUAUCUUCCGGCUCAUCAGGCACCUGUCUAUUUUCAGUGGAACACAGGACAGUGGUGGUGUUGCACCUUCUUGCGUACUGUGGCAAAUUGACUUCUCUUUCUUCUUUUUUUGUUGGUCUGUGAAGAAAUGCCAUUUCUUUGUCAGGAUAUGUCAUGAUUAGAGAGAGUAUGUAUAUAAAGUUUGUAUUAUAAAGUAAUUGCUGUACUCUACAAUAAAUUCAUGAAAGACAUCAACUCGUA